GGGUUUGAGAGAGAGAGAGAGAGAGAGAGAGAGAGAGGGGUGUAUUAUAAUAAUAAUACCCAUCCAUCAAUCAAAAUAAUUUAAAAAAGAAAAGGCUUUUCUGUUCAGUUGGGAAGAAAAAAAGCUAAAGACAAAAUAUACAGUAGAGAGAGAACAAUUCAACAGAGAAGAGAGAGAGAGAGAAAGAGAGAAAGUCUUUCACUAAAAUACUAAAAAGAUUUCUGUUUUGUUGGGUUGAAUCCGUUCACUCUGUUCUGGCCAUCACCAUCAUUGUCCAUUUUGUACAGCCUUUACUUACUCCUCCACAUUCUAUAUCUCUCUCUCUCUCUCUCUAGCCACUUUCUCAGUGCCUCUUUUUGAUUUCUCUCUCUCUCUCUCUCCUUCUCUCAAAGUCUCUUGCUUAUGUAUUUUGUGAACUGGGUUUGGUGAAAAGGACUUGGAAAACCGAGUCUCAACAUUCAAAAUUGAAAAUUUGUUCUGUGAUCUCUGUUUUGGGUGCUUUGUUUCUCAUCUGGGUCUUUUCGUAGAGUUGUUGGUUCACAAUGACUGUGGAGGACCAAAGGGGUGGCGUGGUGAGUAAAGAUGUGAGUCAUUAUGACAAGUUUCCAGUGGGUAUGCGUGUUUUGGCUGUGGAUGACGACCCUAUUUGCCUCAAAUUGUUGGAGACUCUGCUUCGAAAAUGCCAAUAUCAGGUUACAACGGCCAAUCAAGCGGUCAUAGCACUGGAAAUGUUGAGGGAGAAUAGAGACAAGUUUGACCUGGUUAUCAGUGAUGUGAAUAUGCCAGACAUGGAUGGUUUCAAGCUCCUUGAGCUAGUGGGCCUUGAAAUGGACCUUCCUGUCAUCAUGUUGUCAGCUCAUAGUGAUACCAAGCUUGUGAUGAAGGGAAUUACUCAUGGUGCUGUUGACUAUUUGUUGAAACCUGUUCGGAUUGAAGAGCUCAAAAACAUAUGGCAACAUGUAAUCCGGAGAAAAAAAAUCGACCCCAAGGACCAAAACAAGUCCCCCAAUGAAGACAAGGCUCGUCAUGGUAACAGCGAGAGUGGACAAGGGGCCUCAUCAUUGGGUAAUGCAGAUCAGAAUGGGAAAAACAGUAGGAAGCGGAAGGACCAAAAUGAAGACGAGGAAGAAGAAGGUGAUGAAAAUGGAAAUGACAGUGAAGACCCAUCGAGCCAGAAGAAGCCACGGGUAGUUUGGUCUGUAGAGCUGCACAGAAAGUUUGUGGCAGCUGUAAAUCAAUUGGGACUUGAAAAGGCUGUUCCUAAGAAAAUUCUUGACCUGAUGGAUGUUGAAGGACUUACAAGGGAAAAUGUGGCAAGCCAUCUGCAGAAAUAUAGGCUCUACCUGAAAAGAAUCAGUAGUGUGGCAAGUCAGCAAGCUAAUAUGGUUGCUGCAUUGGGGGUUAAAGAUUCUUCUUACCUGCGCAUGGCCUCACUAGAUGGAUUCGGAGAGUUUCGCAACUUGGCUGGAUCUGGAAGGCUCUCUAGCUCAACUCUAUCAUCAUAUGCACCAAGUGGGAUGUUUGGUAGACUCAACUCCCCUGCUGGUUUGAACCUUCGAGGAAUUACUUCUUCUGGACUUAUACAACCGAGCAGUCAAAACUUGUCCAGCUCCAUCAAUACUUUUGGGAAGCUCCAGCCAACUUUAUUGCCUUCAAACCAAAGUGCAGGUUUAUAUCAAGGGAUUCCAACAUCAUUAGAGCUUAACCAGUUGCAACAGAGCAAGUGCGCUACGGGCAUUGGAGAUUUUGAUCCCAUUAAGGAUUCAACAGGUUUUACCGUCUCUGGUAGUUUCCCUGACAAUAGAGUGACUGUUGGUAGCUCAAGUAGUUUAUUAUCCAGGGCCUCAAGCAAUCCUUUGAUGUUACAAGGGAACUCACAACAAACACAUAAAAGGGGACCAUUUGGAAAUCAAUCUUCUCUUGGAGUGGCUCCACUGAAUCCAGAAUCUUUUGACCUAGGCAUUGGUGGUUCAUCUAAUUUUGUGAAUCAUAAUCGAAGUGAUGAAAGCUGGCAGGGUGCGGUUCAGUUAUCCAGAUUUUCGUCAAAUGCUUUGCCAUUGAGUGAGCCUUUUAAUCAUGAUCAAAUGGCUUCUAAUAACUUGGGUAUAUCUUCUACCAGCCCUCAUAUUGGGAACAGCCCUAUUGAAUUUCCUUCAACAAAUGUAGUUUCAGGUCGUCUUGAGGAUUCAGGAGACGUAUGUCAAGAAGGCUUGAUUGGUAAUGUUGUUCAUAAUAUGACUUACACAUCAAAGCAGAGAUGGGAAGAAUAUAAACAAGAUUACAAUCCAAACAUGAAUCAUAGUUUCAGUGACAUAAAUUCUAUGGUUUCUAACAGUGGAAUAGUGAGUCCCUUAGGCCGGAGUUUGGACCAAAAUAGUGCAAUCUGCGGCAGAAGCUUUGAUGUGUCUUUGAUUGGCCAAUUAAAUGGUGGUUCUCUGUCAAAUGCUCAUCACAGUGAGUUUGAAAAUUCUGCUGUGGACGCAAAAAUAAAGUCCAAUGAGGACUGUCUCUUGGGGCAAACAAAGUCACAGGAUGGUUUCAUUCAAAAUGGUUAUGAGUCUUUGGAUGAUAUAAUGAAUGCAAUGAUGAAACGGGAACAAAAUCAGACACUGUUGAGUGAUGGGGAAUUUGGAAUAAAUGCUUACUCUCUUGGAUCAUGUAUAUGAGACUUGUCAUUCCUAGAGAAUUGAAGGGCACUGAAGUGGCAAAUUUACUCUACCUAGAGGAGCUUGUAUCAUUAUCUGUUUUCUUCAUCUUUUAUGUAUUUACUUCUUUUUUUUUCCUCUUGCUACAAAAUUUUAUUCCCUGUAUGGAAUUGUUAACAUGAGACUUUUUUCUUAUUUAAUUCCUUUGACUCA